AUGGGUUUGCGGAGACAGCAAGCGAAUCUUCGUGGACAGAAAUCAAUGUUGCAAGCACUCCUGUCCCAUCCCGCUGGCGCACAAGGAUUCUGGACAACUUUUUUGACAGAUCCAGCAUUGAUCGAGGCAAUUGCAAGAUUUCCCGAGCUCAACAUGGGAGUUAUCUCAAGCUGCCUUGCAAUGUCAGCGACUGAAGAAGCCCUGUACGAGGGAGAUCCUUACAUGGCGGAGAGUGCUGGGUUGAGCAAGGCAAGGGCUUGCGUCCUCAUCGGCUCAAUAACUUCUCAGCCUGCUCCAGAGCGAGGAGACCAUGGCUUGAAUUGGCUGCUAGACCUCGUCGACUACGAUGCGCUGGAGCAGGCCCGUUACACUGUAGAGCUAAGGACCCAACAGGUGAAGAGUGACUCCGAAGUCCGACCGGUCGCCCAGAAGUGGAGGAACCAAUGCAACAUGACAGAUUCUCCAGCAAAUAAUUGCAAAUAUACAAAACGCUCCACAAAUCUGCCAUUACAAAUUUCAAAGUUGCGUCCUCGCUCAAAACAGCCUUCAGUGGAUAUUCCAGAUGCUUUCCAAAUGGGCUUUGGAAGUCAAGACUCCAUCUGGCCUGGCUGUAUGUUCACGUUGACGACAAGUUUGAAAGCGACAAAACCUCGCUUGUUCAUCGAAGAUGGUGGAGUUCGAGGUGAAAUUGUGUCGAAACACGAUCUUUCGCUCGUUUUCGGUCAGAUUCUCCAGUUGCGCAUCGCUGGUGUAGAGCAUGUGACAAGUCUUCCUCUGCAUCAUGCUGCAGCGUCAGACGUUGGCCAUUGCAUCAUUCGAGCUCUUCUAGCAGUCAGCCGUCGUCACGAUACAUCCCUUGAGCAUCUCACCUUCUGGAGGAUGAAGAUUGCCAGGCUCGUGGAGACGAACAUGAUGAUCAUGCACAUGCAAGCGACGGAGGUGCCUGAAGGAAGAGAAGAGCUGUUUCGAUUUGUGCUCUGCUACAUGCCUGGUUUGGUCCUGACAAGGAUGUCAGGAAAAGCAACAUUGACACCGCCACUGAACCUGCAGGCUCCACGAAGUCUCUGCAUCUUUCCACUUGCUCUGCAGCAUCUGCCAGACAACAUUUUUCUUCCAGUGCUCUCUCUUCGCAUGUGCAAAUUUGCACUUUUCCUCCACCCACUCCUUCUUCCUCCUCUCUUUCGCAACGGACACCGCAGCAUGCAGCAUGCUCGUCUACCAGGAAAGAGUUCCGACUAUCAGCACUGCAUCUGCCUCUUGCGCAUGCUAUCCUGUGCCCUCUUGUCGUCUUCGGCUGCUGCUGCUACUGGGAGGAUCCCAGAAUGUCAUUCGCACCCCGACAUCAUGGCAUUGGCCCUGAGGUGA